AUCCUUUUGCCGCGCUCAACACGCAACUCAUUCGGCCAUCAAGACUCGAGCCACCCCCAGCCUCGCUCUCCCUCUCAUUCCCCAACCUUCUCGUUCUUCUAACCAGCAGUACCAUGGCCUACGUCACGCUCACUAACAUCACUGUGCUGGACAACCCCACGGCCUUCACGAACCCCUUCCAGUUCGAGGUCACUUUCGAGUGCGCGCAGCCUCUCGAAGCCGACUUGGAGUGGAAGAUCACGUACGUAGGCUGCGCCGAGGACGAGAGUCGCGAUCAGGUGCUUGAGGAGGUGCUAGUCGGCCCUGUGCCCGUGGGCACCAACAAGUUUGUGUUCCAAUCGGACCCGCCCAACCCGGACAUGAUCCCGGACGAGGACAAAGUUGGCGUCACUGUGGCACUCGUCACCUGUUCAUACCGUGGUCGCGAGUUCGUGCGCGUGGGUUACUACGUUAACAAUGACUAUGCCGACCCGUUCCUGCUGGAAAACCCGCCUGCCCGCGUGGACGUGAGCAAGCUGCAGCGCAACAUCCUGGCAGACAAGCCACGUGUCACACGCUUCCCCAUUGACUGGUCGCCGGCGGGUGCCCAGGAUCCCAACGCUAUGGAGGACGGCAACAACCAUGCGACUAAUGGCACAGGCUUCGGUGCCAUGCAGACUGGAGCACCUGGUGCCCCCGGUGCUAGCAACGACUUGGACAUGGACUUUGUGGACGAUGAGGAGCUCGUCAAGGCAGCUGCUCAGCUCGACCACAACUACACGGACAUUGUCAUUGAUGGCAAUUCUGCUGAAGGUAUGGAAGAGGACAUCGACCUGGAGGACGAUGAGGAUGAUGAGGCAGACUCUGUCGAAGAAGCUGAGGAGGAAGAUGCCGACGGAGACAUGGAGAUGGAAGACAUCGAACAGCAGUAAAAACGCCAUUGACUGGUGGUGUCCUGACACUACGAGACAGCAGGAUGGAAGAUACUGUAUUUAUAGAGGGAAAAAAACAAAAUUUGACAAGCGCUAAGCAAGUGGAUACAGCGGUGCUAGCACGAUAAAUGUGUGAAAACCAGGGUAGGCGUGGAAGAUGAACAUGUCUUGAGUAUCUUUCUUUCAAA